AUGCCACCAAUGACAUUUCAUGGGGUGGUUACCAAGGCUGGAUUCAUGAGGAAAACCGUCACCGUGACGGUCUCCCGCUGGGUGAUACACAAGUUGACUGGAAAGCGAAUUGAAAGGAGCAAAAAGUAUCUGGUUCAUGAUGAGAAGAAUCAACUCCGACGAGACGACCUUGUUGUCAUUCGUAAUUGUCCGCCUGUAUCUGCCAUGAAGAGAUUUACUCUUCACACCGUCUUGAAAAGUCCUGAAACAGAACGCGACAUAGCUCGGGCUGCGAAAGUACAGGCGGCACAGAGUACUCCAUUGGGAUCAAAACCAAAAGGAGUCCUCGAAUCUCUCAACAAAUCGUGA